AUGCUCAGCUGGCUGGACUGUGGACAAAACCCAUAACUUCGUGUAAAUUUCAGCCUUCGUUGUUAUUAUGCAGCCUUUUACUUCGUGAAUGUAUAUCAACCACCACAGCCAAACAAUGAGAGACAUCCUUAAGAGAAAGUUUGCCGAGGUAGAAGACAAUCCCCGCUACUCCUCCUCCUCUCCUCCGUCCUCCCUCUCCUCCCCCGCCUCCUCGGAGUGGGAGUCCGACAGUGAGAGCAGCUCCUCCGACAACCAGGAUUUCACCCAUAGGAGCCUUUCUUCACCCACCAGUUUACCCAAUCGGUCCAUUCUGAAGAGGCCCAGGCUUGGAGGCGUACAGAGCAAUGUGCGCUUCGACCAGGUGACGGUGUUCAGUUUCCCACGCUGCCAGGGCUUCACCAGCGUGCCCAGACGUGGAGGUGCCACCCUGGGCAUGGUGCAGAGGCACAGCACCCUCCAAAGGUACACAGUGGCAGAGCAUGCACUGGAGCAACGGCAAAGACGCAGAGAGAAGCUCAGAGAAAGACUGAGAGAAGAGAGGUUCAACGCACUGAAAAACAAACUCAUCAUCAGCGGGGCCAUAGACCAACGAGAAGCAGACAGGUUCACUGUGGAUCAAAUCCCAGAUGACGACAGUGAUAUCCACGUCAGUGAUGCUGAGCUGAAGGAUGGAGGCCUCCUUCCGCCGUACAGCUCCAAACAGCGGCAAGCGCUCCUGCAGGCGGCGGGGGUGAAGCGCAUUGACCGGGAGGAGAAGAGGCAGCUUCACGCCCUGCGUCUCUCCAGAGAGGCAUGUGGAUGCGACUGCCAAGGCUUCUGUGAGCCAGAGACCUGUGCAUGCAGUCUGGCGGGCAUCAAGUGCCAGGUUGACCGCUCCAACUUCCCAUGUGGCUGCACUAAAGACGGUUGUGGAAACACUCAUGGACGUAUUGAGUUCGACUCCAGACGAGUGCAGACCCAUUACAUCCACACCGUCAUGAGACUCGAGCUGGAGAAACAACUGCAAGAUGAAACAGUGAGCCGAGAGGACCAGACAGCGCUUCCAGAGGACCAUGAGGACCAGGAUGAGGCUCAUGCAGUUCAGAAUACACAGGACAAGAGCUGCCCGUUUGCAUUCACCAUGGAGGAAGACGGUCUUUCUCUCACCCUGCCUGCCACUCCUUCCUUCCAUUUCAUCCCAGAGCGGUUAGUAGUGGAGGAGAACAGCUGCAGCAGCGACAUGACUGAGUCCUCCUGCUCCUCCUCUGACUCUGAUGCAGGAGGAUGCCUCACUGGGAGUCAGACUCUCCAUGAAGUUGACGGAGGGUUGCCCUGUUCUCUUAGUAUCUGUGAAAAUAAUGACUACUCUAUGUGUAGCCAACUGAGGCACAUGGGAGAACCGCCGACACAGCACAGCGGCAACUCUGCCACACACAGCACAACUACUGACAGUAUGGGACCACCCACAGCCAACACAUUCACAGACAAUAUAAGUAGGACCUCGCUGACAGAUUAUCUCGAUGAGAAUGCAAACCAGGCCAGAGACUUCUUUGACAACGACUCGCUCGAGGACUUCCCAAACACCCCCUCCCCUACCGUGGACUAUUCAUCAGGCAUGUACAUGGACCUGAGUCUGUCCUCUGACUCCGACCUGGAGUUCUUCGACAGCGACUACCCCUCUGGACCACUGCACAGCUCUUUUAAAGGACACAGGCAUCCAGACAGCUUUUCCCAUCUCCAGCUGUUCAGCUCUGUUAACCUGCCACAGUACGAGUCGAGCACCUACCUCCUGGAGUCUCUGAUCGGCCUGACUGAGCCGGGCCCAGAGCAGGGUUAUUCAGUCACAGAUAAUCAGUUUUUAUAGAUGAUUCAAGGAUUACAAAACGCUAUAUAUAAUAUCAUAUAAGAGAAUUACAUGUAAAGAGCACUGCUUUUAUAUAUUUGUAAGAAUAUUUCAGUGUACAAAGAAUGAUUGAUGAAAUAUUUUUCCAAGCUGGAUAUUUUUUCUAUCGCCUAAGAAUUAUUUGACUUUAUGUCAGAGAAACCACACCUGAGUAAUCUAAUAUAUGUUAUGUUUUUUUUAUUUUAUUUUUUGACUCUAUAUAAUGACAUGUUAUUUAAUUUCUUCUUGUACCACAGCCACUGAGAAUAUUGGAAACUGAUCAAUGGAGGCUUUGAAUAAUUUUGAGUAAUGUUAAUAUUUCAUGGCCAUAUUUCCCCAAGAUAUCAAUAAAAGCAGCUAUGUUUUGCUGGUAGCUGGCUGUGGUGUAAGCAGGAUAAUCCACUUUGACUCAUGGUAAGAGCCUUCAUUUUGUGAAUUAGUUUUAAUAACUGCCUGGCUCAUUGUGGAUUAUCCCUUAUAUGCUUCAAUAUGCAGUAUGUGUAGAAUGUCCGUAUUGGAGUAAUAAAAGAAAGAAUUUUUAUUUAUUGUUAUCAAA